ACAACCACGUCAAAAAUUACAAAACAUGGAAGACUUGUCAUUUUGGAUCAGAUCACCCACAAAAACCGAUUCUGCUGCUGCUAUUUCUUCUGCUUCUAGUAAACCAACAACACCCUCCCCAUCCCCAUUUAAAACAGCUACGACGAUCGCUGCUCCUACAACUACUGUUAUUGAUCACAUUGUUCAUUUUACGCAACAAUGUAAUAAACAAGAUGAACAUGUUGGCUUUGAAGAAAAGGAAGACCAGUGUGAAGAUGAUAUGUUUGAACAUGGUAUUGAGGAAAGUGCAAAAAUACAGCAUCGAUAUCUUGAGUUAUCACCAUCUGUUUUUUCGAAAUCAUUAGAGAAUGAACGAAAGUUAGAGAGCAAGCAAAAGGAGAAGGAACAACAAAAAUCACUUGAAGAAACACCAAUAAACACCACCAUCCUUAACUUGGAAAAACCAUACGAAAACAUUUAUGUUUCUAUUCCUUGUUUGGCUGAUUUGCCUGAUCACCCAAGACCGCCAAAGCGAAAAGCUAAAGACAUUGAAGAAGAUGAUGAAUACGGAGAGUAUGGAGAAAAUGAUAGUGCUAAUGAUAAUAUUGAUGACGAUAUUGCUUAUAAUAUUAGUAACAAUCAAUCUAAUGAUAACAGUAAUAACAUUCAAAGUAAUAACAAUAAUAAUGAGGGCAGGAAUAAUAGUAAUAAUAGACGACCAAGAAAGAAACUUAAACUUAUGAACGCGCAAGAAAUGCACUUGACUGCUCUGGAAGAAGCAGAGGAACGUCGAGAAGUCGAGGAAAUUGUAAUACAGGAGGAUCUAGAGCACUUACAUGAGUUUAACUUUUUGGAGUUGAUAGAAUGGAUGUGGGAUUAUUAUUCGUAG